AUGGGAUGUGGCCUGGGAAAAUCCAAACAGCAGAUGCAAAAAUGUGACAAAGUCAACCUCUCUGUUCCAGCGUCCAUAGCCAUCAGAGCAGCGGUGCUGAUCCAGCGGUGGUACCGUCGGUACGUGGCCCGUCUGGAAAUCAGACGCAGGUGCACGUGGAAUAUCUUCCAGUCCAUUGAAUAUGCAGGACAGCAAGAUCAGAUUAAGCUCUACAACUUCUUUGUUUUCCUGAUGCAACACUUCACACCAGCCAGCAGUGAAAGAAACCUUAUCUCACACAUCUUUCAUGACGACCCGCGGCACGGUGCGCAGCUGGAGACGUUCCAUUGUUAUGAGAGCAUAGAGGUAUCCAACAGCUACACCGGCCCACGGCUGACCUUUCCUCUGACCUUCUGUGGAGUUUCAAAGCUGGUGGAGACCUUCAAGCACAGACAGAAGCUCCACGCUCGAUACGUCCUGCAGCUUCUCGGCGAGACCGCCAAACUUUUAAGAAUUCUUGCAAACAUCAAUCACGUCUCAACUUCUUACACAAAGGAGAUCACCAUAUGUGGAGAUUUGCACGGCCACCUAGAGGACCUGCUGUUAAUUUUCUACAAGAACGGCCUGCCGUCCGGUGAGAAACCCUAUGUUUUCAACGGCGACUUUGUGGAUCGCGGUAAAAACUCCUUAGAGAUCCUGCUCAUCCUCUUUGGCUUCCUGCUCGUUUAUCCCCAUGACGUUCAUCUGAACAGGGGGAACCACGAGGACCACAUCGUUAACCUGAGAUACGGUUUCACAAAAGAAGUUCUGGGAAAAUACAGGGUGCACGGCAAGAAGAUCCUCAAACUUCUCAAGAAGAUCUUCUGCUGGUUGCCCCUGGCCACAGUGAUUGAUCACAAAGUGCUGGUUGUGCACGGAGGGAUUUCUGACGCCACGGACCUGGACACGAUAGCUCGAGUAGACAGACACAAAUACGUCUCAGCCCUCAGGCCACCGAGCAGGACUAAGAUAAAGAACAGGAGUGACGUAACGGCGGAUGGACCGGUGACCCGUCGACGUCGAGUCUGUUCUCUGACUCAUGACCGCUGCGUCCCGCCUCAGAGGUACGAGCUACAGUGCCGCUCACUGCAAAACCUGCCAACGAGCAGUUGGACAGAGGAAGAGGAGAUGAGGAGACGUGGGGUGACCGGUGCAGAACCACGGUGGUCUUACUCAGACCUGGACCCAGAUGUGCACGACUGGAAACAGAUAGUGGACAUGUUAUGGAGUGACCCUAUGCCCCAAAAUGGCUGCAUUCACAACGAAGUGCGAGGCGGAGGCUGUUACUGGGGACCAGAUGUGACGGAGGAAGUGCUGGGAAGACACGGCCUGCAGCUCCUCAUUCGAUCCCAUGAGUGCAAACAGGACGGCUACGAGUUCUGCCACAACCGCAGGGUGCUGACCAUCUUUUCAGCCUCCAACUACUACGAAGUGGGCAGCAACAGAGGAGCCUACAUCAAACUGGGCCCAGAUCUGGUCCCGCAUGUUGUCCAGUAUCAGGCCAGCCAAACGUGCCGAGAGCUCUCUCUGAGACAGAGCGUAGGCUGGACCGAACGAUCCGCUCUCCAAGCUCUGAGGGAACAACUGUUCGUCCACACGUCACAUCUCAUCGCUGCGUUUCAGGAGUUUGAUCCAAACCACACAGGUAUGGUUUCUCUCAGGGACUGGGCCAGCGCCACAGAGAGUGUACUGAAGCUGGGUCUGCCCUGGAGAGUUCUGCGGCCACAGCUCGUCAGCAGCACCUGCAGUGGCAUGGUGGACUACCAGCAGUGGAUCAGGGAGCUCACCAUCACCAAGCCCAACCUGGAGAUAUCGGACACCAGCAUCCUGGAGACCAUGUACAAGAAUCACUCCAACCUGGAGACAAUCUUUCGAAUCAUAGACACAGAUCACUCAGGUUCCAUCUCUUUGGAGGAGUUCAGACAGACCUGGAAGCUCCUGUGUUCACACAUCCAGACAGAGAUCAGCGACGACGCCAUUGACGAUCUGGCCAAGUGCAUAGACUUCAACAAGGACGGGAGCAUUGAUAUCAACGAGUUCAUGGAGGCUUUUCGAUUGGUGGACCUCUCAACUGGACCGAAAGUCACAGAAUGAGCAAAACCUUUCAGUCCUUCAGAUUGUUCAUUAAAAAAAAACAAAAAAACAAUUUGAGUAAUUAGAAUUGCGAAUAACUCACCAUGCAAUUUUAUUACUGCAUUUAACCCAUUGUGGUACCACAACAAUAAAAAAGUUUUUUUAGUGGGAUUUUUACACAAUGUGUAAAUAAACAUUUCCUUUGUAAAAAUUUAAAUCAAAUAAAGCUGACAUUAUAAUAAAACACACCACCUUUAUAAGAAAGCUUAAUGCAUUUUUAUUUUUAUUUAUUAUUUUUUUUCCAAGGUGUGGGGAUUGAUGGUGCAUCAACCUAGUUUGGAAUAAUAAAAAAAAGGGUGGUGUGAAGCCAAAGAAAGUUUCAGAACCACUGCAUAAAAUGGCGUGGUGGGCUGGGUUAAGGCUGCAGGCCUCGGGUUUGACUUAUGAGUAAUGUAGCUUCCUAAAACAAACAUACAAGGUAGUUUAUAAAAACCAAAUCACACAACUCCAUACUUUCACUAUAAAUAUUUCCCCCCAGUGUGUAUUAAUAAAGAACAUAAUAAUAGAAUCAUAAUAUAUAACUGAGUCCAUUAUUCUUCCCAGAGAGGGGAAAUUUCCAGAGUCUUUGCUCACGACAAAGGCUGCCACAGGGGGCGCCAUUUGAGCUAUUUGUUUCCUCUGGAACUCAAAUAAAGAAACGUGGUUCUAAAUCUGGCGCUGCUCUCAUCGACAUAAACUACAUCAGUGUGUAUUUCCGUCCUUCAUGACAGGAAUGACACUUCAGCUUCAAGAAAUAUAAUCUGCGUCAAAGCUGACUAAUCUCCUACACUGCCAAAACCAGGACACGAAUCCUAUCAACCUGAGCCCUGCUUUGACGACAUGUUGACACGGUGGUCCACUCUGAGGAGCAGAACACUGGGCUCAGAACAGUGAUUGUAGCGUGUGUACCGUCCGCACGCUGAAGAAGAAAGACACCGUUCAUCAGGGUGAAUUCAUUGGAAAUCAAUUUUAAUUAUUACUAGUGGGUUAAAAAAAAGGCAAACUAUAAAGAUGUAUUUACAAAGUACUGCAGCACGACACACGCACCAUCACAUGGUGUAAAGUAUAGGAAGGAAGUCAGCUGAUAUAUGACACUGUCCA